CCCCCCCCCCCCCCCCCAUAUUUUCAGGGUGUAAGACUUAAGAUUUUAAGACCUUCAAUGUAAAUAUAAAUUUAACCAUGUAGCCUAAUUUAACGGAAACUUAACUUAAAACACUUGAUUUUCAAACCAACUUUGAGAUGAUAGUACCUUUCAAUCUGGUUUGUAAGAGUUUUCUGAUUUAAAAAGAAAUGGCUGAAGGCCAUCGGGGGGACAAAUAGUGCAUUUUUACUCUUUAUAGCCCAUUGGCCUCCACAUUUUUUCUUUUGAGUUCAUUGAUUUAUGCUGUGCUUUUUAGCAAAUAAAUGUUCAUCCAAUGUCUGUUGUGGGAAGCUUAUCCCUGGUUCUAGGAAAGCUGAUCAAAAUAUUGCUCAUGUUAAUAUUAUACACACUGCUCCGGCUCAGUCUGGAUGCUCGGGUCCCAAACACCUUAAGAAUCCUCUGUACACAAGCUCGCAUACACAUCCUUCAGUCUGUCUUCGACACAAACGCCAACCGGGGGUCCCAUUCCCCUUCCCUGCCUGCCAGCACUGCUUGUUCUUUGGUUGCAGCUAGAGUGAGACCUGUGCCAGCCAGGAAGCUUGAAAUGACCAACAUUUUCAACCCCCUCUUGCAGAAACUGCUGUUCAUCCAAGGCAAGAGUGUGGCCAUGCACUACAGCAUCCCCCGGCACAAGUUUGAAGACUGGCUCUGCAACACUGUAAGUUUCUGCUGUGGCUUGUCUACAUGUCCAACUCUGCUGCCCACACUAUAUUUACCUUCCACUCCUAUCUGAAAUGCUUUAGUGACAACGUUAGGCCCUCAAUUGUUAGUUACCUUACAGUCCAGAAUGAGCUCCUGCCAAAUGAGUUUGAGCACGUCGUUAGGUGUAGGGAUCCCUGAUUUCAUUAGUUGCCAGGGUGAGCGUUUGGCUCAGGUAAGUACCGUAUGCUGCACCGCUGUUAGUUUGCUAUUCAUCUGAGGCAGCAGUGUCCUGGACAAAAGUAGCUGUAUUAUCAAUAAAAAUUAUGUGACCGGUUGCUUGCAGUGCGGCCUGUACAAUUUCCGGAGGAGGCUGAAGUGCUUCAGGUGUGGAGCAGCUAAAGCUGGUAAGUAGUUCCUGAACCAGGAAGCCACUGCCUGCACCCAUCUGGAUGGCCUGAGACAAUGUUCAGGCAAGGGGGGCUGCGCACAGGAGCAGUACAGAAUACUGAUAUAUCUAUACGUUAGAAAUGCCAACCCUACUAUCACGUCUGUCAUCAUGGCCCCAUAAACACUGACCAAUCAUAUUCCUUAGUAUUGUGAGCAAAUUAGAUUUAGCUGAAAACGCACGUGAGAAUUGACGUGCGGAAUAGCGAGGAUGUCAAAUCCCUGUGGAGCAGAAACAUUUUUCAUGUCCUGGACUCUGUCGUGGGUACUGAGGGUGAGGCGACGCUAAUGCCCUGCUCUCAUUCUGUCUGCCUCUCUCAACAGAGUGUGAGACCACCAACACCACUGGAGUCACAGAGAUCCAGCAGUGUGGAGACUACUACGGCGACAGUGAGUACUUCUCUCCACAGACACACACCUAUGAUGUCCUAUCAGAUGUUAUUGGGAGGGGGUUUGUGGAGAGCCAGUGAGAAUUUAUACUGUGUGUGUGCGCUUGUCCUCUCCAGCAAUCAUCCUGAGGAACAUAGCCCCUCUGACCACGGUGGAGGGCAUCCUGACAGCCCUGGCCCCCUACGCCAACCUGUCACCCAGCAACAUCCGUCUCAUCAAGGACAAACAGACGGGCCAGAACAGAGGCUUCACCUUUGUACAGCUCUCCUCCCCUCUGGUACGCCAGCCUUUAAGCAGAUGUCUCCACAUAUACAUAUGAUAUGGUCUUUGAUUUGAGUUUCUCUACAGAACAUCCUCUAACUUCAUUGAUGUCCCUUUUGAUUGUGAAUGGCCAUAUUGCUUGACUGGUGCUUCUCCUCUUUGGCUUGUUUUAGUGGAAUCUGUAUACAUUUUUCUAAGUGCUUUGUUUUUUUUCUGCAUCACAGGAGGCGUCUCAGCUCCUAACCAUCCUACAAGGACUACAGCCUCCUCUCAAGCUGGAUGGGAAGACCAUUGGUGUGGACUAUGCCAAGAGUGCCAGGAAGUGAGUGUCCUGUCACAGAGAUGUCAGUGGUUUUCAGUGAAUGAUGUCCUCAGAGGACAUUGAGAUGGCAGCGUCUCCCUAAUCUCUACUCUCCUCUCGUCAGGGAUCUCUUGCUCCCAGACGGUAACCGGAUCAGUGCCUUCUCUGUGGCCAGCACAGCCAUCGCUGCCGCCCAGUGGUCCUCCAGCCAGGUAACACACACACACCUCUCACAUUCAGCUGUGAGGUUUUGUUUUGCCACACACACACACUAAGAAGCAGUGUAUUCCUUCCUAGCCUCAGCAGGUUGCUGAAGGACAUCUGUCAGAGUACAGCUACCUAGAGGAGGGCUACGCUCCCUACACACAGGUAUGAUGAUCAGAGGGAUGGUUAUCCCCGUCUGGAAAUCCCUGGGAUGUAUUGCAGAUGCUCCAGUGUAUGAUGUGUGACUGACUGUUCCUUUCUGUGUUGCUAGGACUACCAAGCCUACUACCAGCAGGCAGCAGGAGACCCUUCCCAGGGGAACGGAAUACUGGGAGGUAUGAGGCAACAUACAGUCUGCAAUUCAUUCCGUGUCGAUGCCUUUAAUAACGUUCUGAUUUGAGGAGGAUCAGCUGCUGUCUGUUUCCAAAAGAGGUGUUGCUAAUAGCAUGUAAUGAAGCCUGGGUGUCUUCUAUUCACAGCGGCUCCAGGUGUCCCAGCGGCUACAGGAGUGGUGAUCUCACAGGGUGCACGGGUCUACCAACCCAACCUAAUCAGUCACACUGCCACACAAGUAAGUCCUAUGUAUUUCACAUAUGAGCCUGUCACUACACACACAGCCUUAUUUACUGCACUACUCACAGUAUGCUCGCUGUAAAGAUUCCCACAAUUACCAAUUGUGUCUUUGCAGGUGCUGCAAUUGGCCCAGCAAACGGAAGCCAAACAGACCGGAAUUCACUCGGCAGCUGCAACCAUGACAGCGCCGGUUUCCACAGCAACAGCCCCAGCGACACUUUCUGGACUGGCCACUGACACAGGUAAGAGCCUCACUCACCUGUCUGACUGACUGACAUUGCAGGUUCCAGUGCAGAAUGGAAAACAAUAGAAACUUAGUGGAAUGCUUUCACAUUUAAAAUGUUCUACUCUGUUCAAGCCAAGUGUUUGACUCUUUUAAUAUUCCAUACUCUGUCUUCAUCCACAGCUGUACCUGACACCUCCACCUACCAGUAUGACGAAUCCUCUGGCUUCUACUUCGACCCUCAGACCGGCCUCUACUACGACCCAAAUACCCAUGUUAGUACCCACACACCAGUCAGUGUCUUCUGUUGCUGUUCUGAAUUGUUCCACAAUGCUGUCGGAGUUGUGAAGACGUGGUCUGUGGAUGUAUGUGUUUUGACAGUUGUAGUUUCUCCUCUCCUCCAGUACUACUACAACUCCCAGACACAGCAGUACCUCUACUGGGACAGUGAGAAGCAGACGUACAUCCCUGCCUCAGCCGCCGACCAAACUGAGCAGACUGCGAACGCAGCAGCAGCUAGCAACGAGGCUAAGGAAUCCAAGGAGAGGAAACAAGACAAGCCCAAGAGCAAGACAGCUCAGCAGGUAGGCAGAGGAGACAGAGAUCACCUCGGAUAUCAAGACAGUAUAACUUUAGAUUUGCGAUAAUUGUGUGUAGUUUGUUCAAGUUUCAACUGUUUGUCCCAGAGAGGGCAAUUGGUUUUGCAGCAGAGGAGCACACGUGACUUAACACACAUCAAAUCCACAUGGAUUACAGUGAUACACAGUGAUCCAGCUGAAUACCGUGGUUGGUGUGUCUGACUGCGUUGUUCUGGUUGGCCUUUCAGAUUGCUAAGGACAUGGAGCGAUGGGCGAAGAGUCUGAACAAGCAGAAGGAGAACUUUAAGACCAGCUUCCAGCCCGUCAGCCAGGAGGAGAGGAAGGAGGCAGCGGCCGCCGACGCAGGCUUCACACUAUUCGAGAAGAAGGUAGCCAUUUUAAGUCUAUCCAUGAUAGCUUGAAUCCUUUAGAAAACCCAUCCAGGAAAACUUAAGAUUGACUUGACGGCAGAUUGACGAUGUGGACUGAAUAGUGUUAUGGUGUGACUUUGCAGCAGGCUGGAAGCUUGGAAAUGCUGAUGUCAGAAGCUGUUCAGUGCCCUGAGGAGAAGGCCCCAACCAACUCAGCGAAGGUAAGAUACUGAUAGUAGACUCAAAUGUAUGAGCUGUAAUUUUAGAGGACAUCUUCCAGUCUGGGAAGGUAGCUACUUACCAUCUGGUUGUGUCCUUCUCCAGGUUGGUCUGGUGGCAGCCUACAGUGGAGACAGUGACCCAGAGGAGGGGGGUGCAGCAGAGCCGGAGCGUAGUGGUGGUGAGCAGGACCAGCUGACAGACUGGAAGAAGAUGGCCUGCCUGCUGUGUAGGAGACAGUUCCCCAAUAAGGACGGCCUGGUGCGCCACCAGCAGCUCUCAGACCUCCACAAGGUACUUAUCACAGACUCCAAGGAAGAACUCCACGAUAGUCCACUCACUCAACUGUUAUGAAAAUCUAAUAUGGGAAAGGAAGAGCUUGAUACAGUAUGUGUGAAUAAAGUGGAAAGGUCUUUAACUUAUUUUUCUUCUUAUCCCAGCAAAACCUGGAGGUCCACCGCAGAUCUAAGCUGAGUGAGGCUGAGCUGGAGGAGCAGGAGAGGAGAGAGACAGAGGUAACGGCUCAGACAUAGAGACUACGCUGGUCUAACUGUUUUAGUUGGGGUUCAGUUAAUAGAAACCCUGUUAUUAGGUUUGUUUCUACAUUCUCUCUCUCUCUCUCUCUCUCUCUCUCUCUCGCGCUCUCUCGCUCUCUCGCUCUAUGAACAGAUGAAGUACAGGGACCGGGCUGCAGAGAGGAGAGAGAAAUACGGCAUCCCUGAACCCCCAGCACCCAAGAAGAAGAAUUUCACCGCACAGCCGGCACCAGUCAUGUAAGUGCUAGUGUUAAGCCGUGCUCAUACUUGUUAAGCCUUGUUCACAUUGGCAGUUUAAAGUGACUCAAAUCCAUUGUUAUUUUGCAUAUCUUAUUCGAAUCUGUUCUUUUUCCUGCAGUCUGAACAGCCAAAAAGUACAUAUUCCAAGCCAUAUUUCAAACCACCUUCAUAGGUGGUUUGAAAUCAGAUACAAAUCUGAUUCCUGGCCAUGUGACUUGUCUGAACGGUCAGAUCUGAUUUAUUUGCCCUCAAGUGGUUUCUAAACAGUUAUUUUGAAUGUUUUUGCUUGCUACCUACUCUGACAGUUUGACAAGAACCAUGUGAAUGUGCUAAACAGCUAGCUAGUUGACUGCUGUGGCUAGCCAAAAAGGACUCGUUUUGAAGGUUGGUUCAUCUUAUCCUUUGAGGCGUGAAGUGUUCUUCCACUAUGAUUUUGAACAAUCAAAGGAACUGGGAAACUUCCAUGGCAGGUAUUGUCACCUUAGCGUGCUACUUAACUUCUGAGUGAUAGGAAGCAUGAGCACUGCAACCAAUCAGCCUAUACCAUUGCACACACACCCGUCGUUACUAUGACAACUAGCGUAGCCAUGUCAGCAAAUGACUGCUGUCUGAACACACACAUCUGAUUUGGUCACUUGUAACUUGCUGUUUGGACAGUCAAUAUUCCAAAACGGAUUUGAAAAACAAAACUGUUUUGAGUAUUAAGGCCUGCAGUGUGAACAAGGCAUACUUUGACUCAAUAACCUACAGUGAUGUUCUGUGAAAUUUGAUUUGGGUAAUAAGGAUUGUCGUGUCAUUUCCCCCUGCUCCUCUGCAGUAACUAUGAACAACCCACCAAGGACGGGCUGAACAGUGACAACAUAGGGAACAAGAUGCUGCAGGCCAUGGGAUGGCAGGAGGGCAGAGGUCUGGGCCGCAACCAGCAGGGCAUCACUGCACCUAUUGAGGUGAAUCUCGUCCAGUUAUACCUGUAAUAGUGCUGCUUUAACCCAAAAGCUAAACAUAAUGAAACUGUUAAGAUAUCUUUCAUAUACAACAAGUCUGUAAAAAUGCAGAGACGUGGUAGUGGUAACACUCCCCGGCACGUCACAUAUACAACUUCCCACCGGAGACCAGGGUUCAAUCCCUGGGCACACCCUUACCACUGUUUCUUCCACUUACCUUUCUCUCCACCUCGUUUCCUUACUGUGUGUGAGUGAGAGAGAGAGGUGUGUGUGAACAGUAACCUGGGGAAGGUGUUCUGUAGUAUUAUAAAUGUAAGAGUUCUAAACUUACUUAAUAAUCAAAAUGUCUUGAGUAAAUGCCAAAUUGGAUUUAUACCAAAACAUCGCACGACCGAUCAUAUUUACACCCUGAUAGAUAAACAUGUCCACCAAAAUAAUACCAACAUGUACGCUUGCUUUAUCGACUUCCAAAAAGCAUUUGAUUCUAUUUGGCAUACAGGACUGUUCUACAAAAUUAUUGAAAGUGGUGUAGGGGGUAAAACAUAUGACAUAAUUAAUUCAAUGUAUGCUGGCAAUACCUGCAGCAUCAAAAUUGGCAAGAAAAUAACACAUUUCUUUAACCAGAGGCGGGGCCUUCGCCAGGGUUGCAAUCUGAGCCCUGUACUCUUCAAUAUUUACAUAAACGAAUUGGCCACUAUUCUAGAACAAUCCUCAGCCCCUGAUGUUAGUCUCCACAAUUCAGUGGUUAAAUGCCUGCUUUUCGCAGAUGACCUGUGCCUGCUGUCACCCACAGCACAUGGCCUACAGCAGAGCCUGGACCUGCUAGAGCAGUACUGCCAGACCUGGGCCCUGGCAGUAAACCCCAAAAAGACUAAAAUAAUGAUUUUCCAGAGAAGAUCCAGAUCUCAGGGAAUUAGACCAAAGUUCUCAAUUGGUACAAAAUACACUGCUCAAAAAAAUAAAGGGAAUACUUAAACAACACAAUAUAACUCCAAGUCAAUCACACUUCUGUGAAAUCAAACUGUCCACUUAGGAAGCAACACUGAUUGACAAUAAAUUUCACAUGCUGUUGUGCAAAUGGAAUAGACAACAGGUGGAAAUUAUAGGCAAUUAGCAAGACACCCCCAAUAAUGAAGUGGUUCUGCAGGUGGUGACCACAGACCACUUCUCAGUUCCUAUGCUUCCUGGCUGAUGUUUUGGUCACUUUUGAAUGCUGGCGGUGCUUUCACUCUAGUGGUAGCAUGAGAUGGAGUCUACAACCCACACAAGUGGCUCAGGUAGUGCAGCUCAUCCAGGAUGGCACAUCAAUGCGAGCUGUGGCAAGAAGGUUUGCUGUGUCUGUCAGCGUAGUGUCCAGAGCAUGGAGGCGCUACCAGGAGACAGGCCGGUACAUCAGGAGACGUGGAGGAGGCCGUAGGAGGGCAACAACCCAGCAGCAGGACUGCUACCUCCACCUUUGUGCAAGGAGGAGCAGGAGGAGCACUGCCAGAGCCCUGCAAAAUUACCUCCAGCAGGCCACAAAUGUGCAUGUGUCUGCUCAAACGGUCAGAAACAGACUCCAUGAGGGUGGUAUGAGGGCCCGACGUCCACAGGUGGGGGUUGUGCUUACAGCCCAACACCGUGCAGGACGUUUGGCAUUUGCCAGAGAAAACCAAGAUUGGCAAAUUCGCCACUGGCGCCCUGUGCUCUUCACAGAUGAAAGCAGGUUCACGCUGAGCACAUGUGACAGACGUGACAGUCUGGAGACGCCGUGGAGAACGUUCUGCUGCCUGCACCAUCCUCCAGCAUGACCGGUUUGGCGGUGGGUCAGUCAUGGUGUGGGGUGGCAUUUCUUUGGGGGGCCGCACAGCCCUCCAUGUGCUCGCCAGAGGUAGCCUGACUGCCAUUAGGUACCGAGAUGAGAUCCUCAGACCCCUUGUGAUACCAUAUUCUGGUGCGGUUGGCCCUGGGUUCCUCCUAAUGCAAGACAAUGCUAGACCUCAUGUGGCUGGAGUGUGUCAGCAGUUCCUGCAAGAGGAAGGCAUUGAUGCUAUGGACUGGCCCGCCCGUUCCCCAGACCUGAAUCCAAUUGAGCACAUCUGGGACAUCAUGUCUCGCUCCAUCCACCAACGCCACGUUGCACCACAGACUGUCCAGGAGUUGGCUGAUGCUUUAGUCCAGGUCUGGGAGGAGAUCCCUCAGGAGACCAUCCGCCACCUCAUCAGGACAAUGCCCAGGCGUUGUAGGGAGGUCAUACAGGCACGUGGAGGCCACACACACUACUGAGCCUCAUUUUGACUUGUUUUAAGGACAUUACAUCAAAGUUGGAUCAGCCUGUAGUGUGGUUUUCCACUUUAAUUUUGAGGGUGACUCCAAAUCCAGACCUCCAUGGGUUGAUACAUUUGAUUUCCAUUGAUAAUUUUUGUGUGAUUUUGUUGUCAGCACAUUCAACUAUGUAAAGAAAAAAGUAUUUAAUAAGAUUAUUUCAUUCAUUCAGAUCUAGGAUGUGUUGUUUAAGUGUUCCCUUUUUUUUUUUUGAGCAGUGUAUAUAGAGUACUGCAUACACUACAAUUACUUAGGUUUAAAAAUAAGCGGAACUGGACACCUUAAUGAUGCAGUGAAUGAACUGAGAGAGAAAGCACACAGGGCAUUCUACGCCAUUAAAAACAAAAACAAAUUCUAAUUGAAAUACCUAUCAAAAUGUGCCUAAAACUAAUUGAAUGUGUCAUUGAACCAAUUGCACUUUAUGGCGUCGAGGUGUGGGGUCCACUUGCAAAACAAGAUUUCACCCAAUGGGACAAACACCCCAUUGAAACCCUGCAUGCAGAGUUCUGUAAGAUUCUCUUACAUGUCCAGAGGAAAACUACAAACAAUGCAUGCAGGGCAGAAUUAGGCCAAUAUCCACAAACAGUAAAAACUCAAAAAAUAGCAAUUUAAGUUUUGGAAACAUCUAAAAUACAGUGACCCCCUCUCAUAUCAUUACCAAGCCCUGCAAUGCCAAGAGCUGAGCAAAGAAAAUAGUCCCCUCAUCCAGCUGGUCAUGGGGCUGAGUUCACAAACCUGCUCUACUAACACACUGAAGGACCAGAACAUCCAAUCAGAAUAAACCAAAUUACAACACAGUCAAAACAAAACUACAUUGCUUAUUGGGAAACACAAGCACAAAGCAAAAUGCAGUGCUAUCUCGCCCUAAAUCGACAGUACACCGUGGCAAACUAUUUGACCAUGGUUACUGAUCAAAACCUUAGAAAAACUUUGACAAAGUACAGGCUCAGUGAGCACAGCCUUGCCAUUGAGAAGGGUAGAAAACCUGGCUCCCUGUAGAGGAAAGGCUGUGCAACCACUGCACCACAGCAGAACCCGAGACAGAGCUGCAUUUCCUGACAAAAUGUCAAAAAUAUAAAACAAUUAGUGUCAUUUCCCCAAAUAUGAAACCCUUAUUCAAGGUUUCAAAGACCUCUCUGAUGAGGAUAGGCUACCCGUCCUGUUGGGGGAGGAUGCAGAGAGCUGUGGGUUGGCAGCACACUACAUUGCUGCCUGCCAUAAGAUGAGGGACCGUGUCUGACAGACCAACCAACCUGCACAUGUCCUCUAUGCUUAUUGUUAUUGUUCAAUGUAUGGUUAUUUUGACCCUUGGUUACUGUUGUCCCGUUGACAAUAUUGAGUAUUAUUAAUUAUGUUCAUAUUGUAAAUCUCCAAAGUAAGCUUUGGCAAGAUGUACAUUGUUACGUCACGCCAAUAAAGCAAAUUGAGUCAGAGAGAAUAUAUAUUCCAGUAUCGUAUUGCUUUACUGAUCUCAGGCCUGCUGUCAUCUCCCUACAGGCUCAGCUGAGGGCGAAGGGAGCUGGUCUGGGAACCAAAGGCAGCAGCUACGGCCUGUCUGCCUCCGACACCUACAAAGACGCUGUCCGCAAAGCCAUGUUUGCCCGCUUCACUGAAAUGGAGUGAUUUGCCCUAUCCACCUGCCUCUCAAGAACAGCCCUAUCCUUCUGGUCCUAGGUUCCCUUCCUUUAUGUGUGGGGCCAUCACCAUCAUCCAUGGGCAUCCUAACAUCCUUCCCUACAGUCAUCCAAUCGAAGACACCUUGAGAUGAGCUGAAGGGAUUGUAAUGGCGGCAUGGAGAAGAUGAUACACUCAAUAAGGGGAUUGGAGGGAGUUUACUGUACUCAUUAGUCUACCAGGGAAUAGAGGUCUAGAGAAAGGACUGGUCUUUAUUAGAGAAAGUGUAAAACGAUGAAUUAUGUAACUUAUGAUUUGUAUAUGUGUAUGUGUAUAUAUGUAUGUGUAUAUAUGUGUAUAUAUAUAUGCACAGUACAUUAUUUCCUUCUGUAAGAAUGAAGAUAGACAUGCUUUUCUCCCUCUUUUGCUGUGGCGAUAGUAUUUUGGCGGCAUGUUUAAAUUAUUGUACAGUCUGUAUGAUAUGCAUUCUCAUUUUGUACAGAAAAUAUUAAAUGAGAUUUAUCACUCAA